AUGACUAUACAACAAACCAAAUCUAGAUCUAGAUCCUUAUCCCGUGCGCAGACUUGGACGCCCAAAUCCCAUCAGGAAUACACAUUAGGAUGGAUCUGUGCCCUCCCCAAAGAACAAACCGCCGCCAAAGCGAUGCUAGAUCAAAUCCACCCGGAUCUUCCAAAACCAGCCAAUGACGAUAAUACCUACAGUCUCGGCUCCAUAGGCGAACAUAACAUCGUCAUAGCAUGUUUACCGAAGGAUACAGUCGGUACCAAUGAAGCCGCCAUAGUAGCAGCACAGAUGCUAAAUACCUUCCCUUCCAUAAAAAUAGGUCUUAUGGUCGGUAUCGGUGGUGGUGUUCCGCCAAAUAUUCGAUUAGGGGACGUUGUAGUAGGGGUUCAAGUUAUUCAAUGGGAUUUUGGAAAGGCCGCGGUGGAUGGUAGGUUUGAAAGAACUAGUGCUAUACAAAGGCCUCCGAGAGCAUUGAGGACUGCGGUGUCGAGGUUGGAAACUGAGCAUGAUUUGCAUGGAGUGAAGAUUCCUCGGUAUCUGAAGGAGAUAAAGAAGAGACUGCCAAACUUGGCGCCGAAGUUCGGUUGGUCUGAAGCUCUUACAGACCCUUUGUUUGGUUCUUCAGACGGUACCGUUGAUCGAUAUCGAAAUCAGGGAGUUGAAGCAACUAAUACAUCAGCCAUCGGAUGGCUGAACUUGAUGCCGAACUACACAUGGAUUGAUUAUCUAAAAGGCUUUCAGACCCUAAGCCUAUCGAAUUGGACCAACCCCGUAAGCACCAACAAUAAAUAUCUAACCACCAUUCCAAGAAACCCGGGAGAUGUAAAAGUCCAUUACGGCUUAAUCGCAUCCGGAAAUCAAGUCAUCAAAGACGCCAAACUUCGUGAUAACAUCAACCAAAGCCUUGGAGGGAAAGUCCUGUGUGUGGAAAUGGAAGCAGCGGGACUAAUGAGUUUUCCUUAUAUCGUGAUCAGAGGUAUUUGUGAUUAUGCCGAUUCACGGAAGAAUGAUGACUGGCAAGAGUAUGCUGCAAUGGUAGCUGGAGCCUGUGCGAAAGAGUUAUUAGAAUAUGUGCAGCCGAGCGAGGUUGAUAAAGAACGGCCGAUAAGAGAUAUGUUAAGCCAAGUCCAUAAUGAUAUCGGAGCCGUACGAGCUAUUCUGAACAAAAAAGAGAACAUCGAAAUUCUCAAUUGGCUUACACCAAUCGACUAUGGUCCCCAACAGGGCGACAUCUUCAGAAGCCGCCAAUCAGGAACCGGCCAAUGGCUUUUCGAAUCUAUCGAAUAUAAGAGCUGGCUCACAAGUAAGCAGGUACUCUUCUGCCCAGGCAUUCCUGGCGCAGGUAAAACAGUACUCACAUCCAUUGUCAUCGACGAUUUAAUCACCCGGUUCCCCAGCACUUCAUCAUCAAUCGGAAUCGCAUACAUCUACUGCAGUUUUAAACGAAACCACGAACAAAAACUAGACGACUUGCUGGCAAGCUUGCUAAAACAAUUAUCACAGAAUGAAACCUCGCUUCCACAGACCAUUGAAGAUUUAUACAAAAGACACCUUGGGAAUAGAACCCGACCUUCACGAGAGGAUGUAAUCGAAGCUCUCAGAUCGGUGAUUGACUCAUACUCAAGAGUAUUCAUCAUUAUCGACGCCCUUGAUGAACUUCCAGAAUCUAAUGGUCGGGCGGCGUUUAUCUCCGAGCUAUUCUACCUCCAUGAUAAUUACAAUACGAAUAUACUUGCAACCUCAAGAUUUAUCCCACAGCUUACAGAGAAAUUCCAGGGCUAUACAACGUUUGAAAUACACGCUCAUGAUGAAGAUGUGCGAAAAUAUCUCGACAAUCAGAUCUCACAAUCGGAAAAGAAACUUUUACAGAAUCAUCGGGAAUAUAUAAUAACCGAGAUCACAAAGGCUGUUCGUGGAAUGUUCCUCCUCGCAAAACUACACUUCGAAUCCAUCCGUUACAAAACAACCCUCAAAAGGAUCAAAACCGCACUAGAAACCCUCCCAAUAGGAGAAACAGCCUACGCCAGUGCCUACGAAACCACCUUGGGAAGAAUCAAAACCAACGAUUCAGACCCCGAAAAGAUCGCAAACCAAGCUCUAUGGUGGAUCGUCUGUGCCAAAAGACCACUUACUACCUCAGAACUCCAACACGCAUUAGCGGUAGAAAUCGGCGAACCCAGUCUCGACGAAGAGAACCUUCCGGAAAUCCAAGAUAUCAUAUCACUCUGCGCUGGGUUAAUCACAGUGGACGAAGAAAGUGAUAUUGUUCGAUUGGUUCAUUAUACUGCACAAGAAUACCUUGAAAGAACUUGGGAGAAAUGGUUUCCUAAUGCGCAUGUCGAUAUUACGGAGAGGUGUAUUACAUACUUAUCAUACGACAUCUUCAAAACGCACAUACCAGAAGAGGAAGAAGAAGACCCAGAAGACCAAGAAGAAGAAGAAAAGGAAGAUUCAAGUAUAAUAAUCCCCGAUCUCGGAUCUCGGAUUCUAUACGACUAUGCUCUCCAAAACUGGGUAUACCACGCCACCACAUCCUCCAUCGAAAUCACACCCUUAGUAUUGAAUUUCCUCAAAAGUGAAGCCGGAGUAUCAGCUUACAGCCAAACCCUAUCUACCCUCCAAGGCUACAUAGAUUACGGCCAAUGGCCUCCAAAACGUGUGACAGGAGUCCACCUCGCAACCUACUUCGGAUUACCCAAAUCAGUAGAAGAACUAUUAAAACCCAAUAACACCGACCUAGAAACCCAAGACGACAACGGCCGGACCCCAUUAGCAUUAGCCGCAUGGUGGGGUCACAAUGAAGUAAUAGAUCUAUUACUAGACAAAGGAGCAAAUCUAGAGACCAAAGAUGACGACGACCAAACCCCACUCUUACAAUCCGUAAUACAAGGAAGCGAUGAAGCAGUAAAGUUACUCCUAGGCAGAGGAGCCGACAUGGAGUGCAAAGACGGAUUUGGUCGAACACCACUAUUAUGGGCUGCAUGGCGUGGAUAUGAAAAAAUAACACGACUACUCUUGGAAGAAGGUGCAGACGUAGAAGCUCAAGAUAAUGACGGCAGAACCCCUCUAUCAUGGGCCGUAUGGUGGGGUAAUGAGAAAGCAAUAAAUCUAUUGCUGCAGCGUGGUGCUUACCUUGAAAUCAAAGAUUAUGAUGGUCAAACACCAUUACUAUGGGCUGCGAUGAAGGGACAUGAUAGAACGAUAAAGUUGUUGUUAGAGUGUGGAGCUGAUCUGAAUGCUAAGGACGAAAGUGGUCGAACGUCGUUAUCGUGGGCGCUUUGGUGGGAGGAUGAGAAAAUGAUAGAAUUGCUAAUAGAUAAAGGGGCUGAUAUGGAGGUUAGAGAUAAAUUCAACCAGACACCGCUGUUAUGGGCUGCUAUGAAAGGGCAUAGUGGAAUCGCGAAAUUGCUUCUGGAUAAAGGUGCUGACCUGGAAGCUAAGGAUAACGAUGAUCGGACUCCUUCGGCGCUAGCCAGGCACUGGGGCCAUGAGGAUGUAGUGAAGUUAUUAAUGGUAUCGACAUAA